GGAGAAGAUCCUUAAGCGGUUCACAAGUAGAGAUGGUUGGUAUUCUUGCAAAUUGUGGUGUCAAAAUCGUUUCAGUUGAUAUGCCACCGUUUAUGCAAAUCCAUGCGGUUGAUUGUGCAAGGAAGACUCAUGAUAGCCUUGAAAAGUUCACUUCUAAAGCCCUUGCACUCACUCUCAAAAAGGAGUUUGAUGGUGUGUAUGGACCAGCAUGGCAUUGUAUUGUGGGAACGAGCUUCGGGUCUUUUGUAACACAUUCAGUUGGUGGGUUUCUCUAUUUCUCAAUGGAUCAAAAGCUAUAUGUUCUCUUGUUUAAGACAAGUGUACAAAGAGCUGAUUGAAGUUUGGUGACAAACCUAGAACAAUUUCGAAGCUAAAAUAGCAUAGCUAGUAUAUCAAAACUUUUGGAACCAUAAAGCGUCGAUUGUUUUUCCCAUUUGUAGCUUGUACAUUGCUUUUCAUAAGAACAAAGAAAAAAAGAGAGGAUAUUUUAAGUCCUUGUUCAAGUGGUCUUAACCUGUAUGAACAUUCUUAAUGUAGUAACCUUGUAUGCGGUUUAUAAAAUACAGAAUCCAUUAGCACC